GUUCCACAAACCACAAUAGCCUUUCUCCCCAUGCUUAGCAACUCUACCCGACCCGGCCAUUGAAACCUUGGCCUCACUUCUCAGUGAACAUUCGUUAAACCUCUCUAAAAACCUCAGUUUCACAACUCUCUGCAUUCUGCCCUUAGCCGCACACCACCUGCGAUUGCCGAGUGGUCUCUCACUUCCGGAAUAGGGCUUUUAAGUUCACCUUGUUUUUGAAUAAAACUGUAGAAGCCUCUUUCACCGAAAUGUCUAAUAAUGGUGGUAAAAUUCCUGAUUCUCCUAUCAAAAGUUCCCCCAUUGAUAAGCAGUUUCUAGCUGCUCCAAUUAAAUCUGCUGUGGACAAGUUUCAAUUACUUCCUGAAUUUUUGAAGAUAAGGGGUUUGGUUAAACAACACUUGGAUUCCUUUAAUUACUUUAUCAAUACUGAAAUAAAAAAGAUUGUGCGUGCCAAUGAUCGUAUUGUGUCAAGUGUCGACCCAAGUAUUUAUCUCAGGUUUAAAGAUAUUCGAAUUGGCGAGCCAUCUGUUACAUUGGAUGGUGUUAGUGAAAAACUAGAACCCCAAACAUGUCGAUUAUCUGACAUGACGUAUGCUGCUCCAAUUAAAGUCGAUGUUGAAUAUAUUGAAGGAAGUCACCACUUAAAAUCUAAAGUAGAAAAGAAUGACGUCAUUAUUGGAAGAAUGCCUAUCAUGUUGCGUAGUUGCUGCUGUGUCUUAUAUGGAAAAGAUGAAGCUGAACUUGCAAAACUUGGGGAAUGUCCACUUGAUCCUGGAGGAUAUUUUGUAAUCAAAGGAACUGAAAAGGUGCUUCUUAUACAAGAGCAACUAUCUAAAAAUAGGAUAAUAAUUGAUACAGACAAGAAGGGGAACGUAAAUGCAUCUGUUACAAGCAGCUCUGAGGCAGUAAGGAGCAAAACUAUUAUACAAAUGGAAAACGGGAAGUUGUAUUUGAUGCUCAAUCAAUUUUCAACAAAAAAGAUUCCUAUUAUGGUGGUCAUGAAAGCCAUGGGAAUGCAGAGUGAUCAAGAAGUAGUUCAAAUGCUUGGAAGAGAUCCUCGAUAUAGUGGCCUCCUUAUGCCAUCUAUUGAGGAAUGUGUGAAGGAAGGAAUUUAUACAAAAGAACAAGCUUUGGAGUACCUUGAGUCAAAGGUGAAAAAGUUCAUGUUCUCUAAUGCUUCAUCUGAAAAGGAUGGUAGAGUAACACCAAUCCUUCGAGAUGUAUUUCUUGCUAAUGUUCGGGUGCAUGAUAAUAACUUUCGCCCAAAAUGCAUAUAUGUUGCUGUAAUGUUGAGGCGGAUAAUGGAUGCAAUUUUAAACAAGGAUGCAAUGGAUGACAAGGAUUAUGUUGGGAACAAGCGACUGGAGUUAUCUGGUCAACUUAUUUCCCUACUUUUUGAGGAUUUGUUCAAGACAAUGAUUAGUGAGGCUAAGAAGUCUGUUGAUACUAUUUUAUCAAAGACCAGCAGGUGUAGUCGAUUUGACUUUUCUCAGUGGAUAGUGAGAGAUAGUAUAACAUUUGGACUUGAGAGGAGCCUUUCUACUGGGAAUUGGGAUGUUAAGCGAUUUAAGAUGAGCCGGAAAGGCAUGACACAGGUACUUGCUAGGCUAUCCUUCAUAGGUACUCUAGGCCACAUGACCAGAAUCCUCCCCCAAUUUGAGAAAUCAAGGAAAGUGAGUGGACCAAGAGCUUUGCAACCUAGCCAGUGGGGCAUGCUUUGCCCAUGUGAUACUCCAGAAGGUGAAGCUUGUGGACUUGUGAAAAACUUGGCGCUGAUGACACAUGUAACGACUGAUGAAGAAGAAGGUCCACUUAUAUCUCUGUUCUAUUGUCUUGGUGUUGAGGACUUGGAACUACUUUCGGGAGAAGAACUUCACUCACCAAAUUCAUUUCUAGUGAUAUUCAAUGGGCAUAUUCUUGGCAAGCAUCGGAGGCCACAGGGUUUUGCCACAACAAUUAGAAUGCUACGUAGAGCUGGAAAAAUUGGAGAGUUUGUCAGUGUCUUUCUCAACGAAAAACAGCGGUGUGUCUACAUUGCUUCUGAUGGAGGCCGAGUUUGUCGCCCACUUGUCAUUGUUGACAAAGGCAUUCCAAGAGUCAAAGAGCAUCAUAUGAAGGAGUUGAUGGAUGGAGUACGCACAUUUGAUGAUUUUUUACGAGAAGGGUUGAUUGAGUAUCUUGAUGUCAACGAGGAAAACAAUGCUUUGAUUUCUUUGUAUGAGCAAGAUGUUAAGACAGAUACAACACAUCUUGAAAUAGAACCAUUCACCAUCUUGGGUGUGAUUGCUGGGUUAAUACCAUAUCCUCAUCACAACCAGUCUCCUAGAAACACUUACCAGUGUGCUAUGGGAAAGCAAGCAAUGGGAAACAUUGCAUUCAACCAGCUACGCCGGAUGGACACAUUACUUUACCUAUUAGUGUAUCCUCAAAGACCAUUAUUGACGACAAGGACAAUUGAACUGGUUGGCUACGAUAAACUUGGGGCAGGGCAGAAUGCAACUGUUGCUGUAAUGAGUUACAGUGGCUAUGACAUAGAGGAUGCAAUAGUCAUGAACAAGGCUGCUCUAGAUCGUGGUUUUGGCCGUUGUAUUGUCAUGAAAAGAUUAUCUGCUGUCAAUCAAAAGUAUGAAAACAACACACAAGACAGGAUUAUUAGACCUGAUAGGGAAGGAUCUGAUGCCGGAAGGAUGCAGGUGUUGGAUGAUGAUGGACUUGCUGCACCUGGCGAAAUUAUUCGACCAAAUGACAUCUAUAUUAACAAACAAUCGCCUAAAGUUACAAGGGGAGGGCAAAUGAGUUCUGGACUAGCUGAUAGUGACUAUAAACCUGCAUAUCAGACAUUUAAAGGUCCUGAAGGAGAAUCUUGUGUGGUUGAUAAAGUUGCUCUUUAUUCUGAUAAAAAUAACAAUCUGUGUAUAAAAUUCAUAAUACGUCAUACUCGUCGACCAGAGCUUGGUGAUAAAUUUAGUAGCAGACAUGGACAGAAAGGUGUUUGUGGCACCAUUGUCCAACAGGAGGAUUUUCCUUUUUCUGAGCGUGGCGUUUGCCCUGAUUUGAUUAUGAAUCCUCAUGGGUUUCCAAGUCGAAUGACUGUAGGCAAGAUGAUAGAGCUUCUUGGAGGUAAAGCUGGAGUUUCAUGUGGCAAGUUCCACUAUGGCAGUGCCUUUGGAGAACCAAGUGGCCAUGCAGACAAGGUGGAGGAUAUAAGUAAAACACUCGUGGAAAAAGGAUUUAGCUACAGUGGCAAGGACUUCCUGUAUUCAGGGAUGAAAAUUGGGCAGGUAAUAGGCGGGGAAUGCUUCCCCACUCCCAUCCCUGUUAACUAUUUUAAUACCCAUCCCAGUCUCCUACCCACAUAUUCCCCAUCGGAGGCGAGGUGGAGAAUCCUCGCCGGGGCAGGUAUCACUGGUUGUCCACUGCAGGCAUAUAUUUUCAUGGGACCAAUUUACUAUCAGAAGCUAAAGCAUAUGGUAUUGGAUAAAAUGCACGCUCGUGGUAGUGGUCCUCGAGUCAUGCUAACAAGACAACCUACUGAGGGGAGAGCUCGAAAUGGAGGUCUACGAGUAGGAGAAAUGGAGCGAGAUUGUUUGAUUGCCUAUGGAGCAAGCAUGUUGAUAUUUGAGCGCCUAAUGAUUUCUAGUGAUCCUUUUGAAGUUCAGGUAUGCAGAGUUUGUGGUCUACUAGGAUACUACAAUCACAAACUUAAACAAGGAAUUUGUUCGUCAUGCAAAAAUGGAGACAAUAUAUCAACCAUGAAAUUGCCUUAUGCAUGCAAGCUCUUGCUUCAGGAACUUCAAUCUAUGAACAUUGUUCCUCGCUUAAAACUAGCGGAGGCAUGAUCUCACAACUGUUUCCAUCAACGAGCUCACAAACACAGAAGGAUAGUUCAUCUCCAAUAUUAGGUUAUUUUAUAAAUUAUUGAAGAAAGUUGUAUCAAGUUCUUAUUCCCUUCAAAAGCGUAUUUUUGUUAAUUAUCUGAUGAGGCCAAAAACAAUUGUUUUAUGUACAGUGAAAUCAGUUUUGAUAAACAAUUUUACACAAAAACAGUAAAAUAUAUUUAUAAAAAUAGACAAAAAACAGAGAGUUGAAAUUAGGCUAUGUUAUGAAAUAUUAUUUAUGGAUGACCAAAUCACUAAAUUAAUUAUCAUUAUUAAUGCUC